AACACGACAGACUACUCUAGACUCAGUUUGUUGCCCAACCUAAACUAGUUUGUUUCCCUUCCUUUUACCCACAUGUUUUUUUUUUUAAACUGUAGAAAGCAGAUUCUGAUAUCACUCCUUGUCGAGAACAGUACCAGCGAAAGAGGACUGACAUCCAGCGCAUUUCUCGUCCUGUGGGUCAAAGUCUGAAGAAACCGACCCUUCACCAGAACCGAGAAGCGCGGCGAGCUCUCUUCAAAACGAGGAGAAAGAACUUUCUGUAUCUUUUUUCUCCGAUGGAUCUUCUGCUCAGAUGCAGUCUUUUCAUUCUUCUGGGGUUCUUUGUCGCUCUGGUUCCCAUGAACAUAGAAGGACAUAAUGGAUCGCUGAGAAGGCAAAAAAGAGAAUGGAUCCUCGCCCCCAAAAUCCUUAAGGAGGGACAGGACUACACCACUGAAGAGUCUGUUGUAAAAAUUCGCUCAGAUAAGGAGACAGAGGAAAACAUAACAUACUCUUUAACUGGUCAUGGUGCUGACAAAGAUCCAGAGGACAGAUUUCAAGUUGACCCAAACUCUGGCAACAUUAAGGUCAAUUCCAUUCUGGACCGAGAGGAAAUUGCAGAAUAUAAGCUUUUUGGUGUGGCAAAAUUUCCCAAUGGGAGCUGCGCUGAAAAGGAUAUCACUAUCAUGAUUAGAGUUAAGGACAUUAAUGACUGCACUCCUGUCAUCAAGGUCCAGCAAGUUGGACGAGUCAGCGAGCACAGCAAUCAGGGUACUGUUGUCAUGAAAGUCAUAGCUACAGAUGACGAUGAUAACACCACUAUAAACGCCUGGCUCUCCUACAGAAUAGAUGAGAGAAGUAACAGUGGCGGGAUGUUCAGCAUCAAACCCCAAACAGGAGAGGUUAGGGUUGCUAAGACCACACUAGAUAGAGAGACCAAAGACACAUAUAAGUUGAUCAUUCUUGCUUCUGACGAGGGAGGCAAACCAGGAGGAAACACAGGAACUGGUGAAAUUGAGAUUAAACUCACAGACAUAAAUGACAACAUUCCAACUCUGGCAAAAGAAAUGUACGAAGGAAGCGUGGAGGAGAACACUGUUGGUGUUGAAGUCCUAAGGAUACAAGCAGUUGACCUGGAUAUGAUCAAUACAGAGAACUGGUUCGCCGUGUACGAGAUCGUUUCAGGAAAUGAAGGCGGUUAUUUCAAUAUCUCAACUGAUAAAAAGACCAACGAGGGAGUUAUCACCAUAACUAAGGCUCUGGACUACGAGGAAAUAAAGGCGCUAAAUUUGGCAGUGAAGGUUAAAAAUGAAGCUGAGUACAACUUUGGCAGCAGCAUGUCGAUUACAGGAGCUUCUGGGUCAAAGUCGUAUCCCAUCAACAUAAACGUCGUCAACCAGAAAGAGGGCGCCCGAUUCAAACCGAGUGUGAAAUCGGUGACUGUCUCUGAAGAGAAAACAUCCAUCUCUUUGGACAAAGUCAUAACAACCUACGCUGCUAUUGACAGUGACACUCUGAAGACUGCCACCAACGUGAGGUAUGCAAAGUUAAAAGAUGAAGACAACUGGUUUUCUAUUGAUCCAAUAACAGCCGGAAUCAAGUUGAAUAAAUAUCCUGACCGAGAGUCCAAGUAUUUGGUCAACGGAAGAUACUAUGCUGAAAUUAUUUGCAUCUCCAAUGACAUUCCCUCAAAAACUGCAACAGGGACCAUAGUCAUUCAGGUUGAGGAUUUCAACGACCACUGUCCAACACUGACCUCAACGACCCGAACCGUAUGUUUUGGUGAUAAUGUAGUUUACGUCACAGCAGAGGACGAAGACGGGUUCCCCAACUCCGCACCAUUUACCUUUGAAGUGAUUCAAGGGGACAGCAAAGAGAAGUGGGAUUUGGAGCCAUUUAAUAAAACCACAGUCCUCCUUCGACACAAGGGAAGCAUAUGGCCAGGCCUCUACAAAGCACACCUGGAGAUCAAGGACCAGCAGGGAACGUCCUGCUCUGAGCCCCAGAUCAUCGACAUAACGGUGUGCAAAUGCCAAGACCGCACCAAGGCCUGCCUGUCACGCAGUAAAAGCAAAGUAACUUUUGGAGCUGGAGGUAUCCUGCUCAUGCUGCUGGGACUGCUGCUCCUUCUAUUGGUUCCCCUUCUUUUGCUCAUCUGCCUCUGUGGAAGCGCAGCAAGAGAGUUUAAAACUAUUCCCUUUGAGGCAAAAGAACAUCUGAUCUUGUAUCACACCGAGGGACAAGGAGAAGACAAGGACAUGCCUGGUUUCCAAGUCCCAGUGCAGGUUGAUGGUGGCACAUUAAAGAUGAGGAACAUUAACAUGUCUGGGGGACAGGCAUACCUGGACAGUUUGGUUUGCUCACAGCAUCCAAUGGGUGGAGGAGGGACCUUAACAGCAGAGGACAUGAACAUGUACAAGACGUACAACCACAAAUACUCGGCAGGCCAGAAUCAGAUGGAUUUUAUGGGCGGAGGAGCAAUAGCAGGACAAAACAUGAGGUUCUCUCAACACAGAGCUGCAGCCUCCAGUGACAUGGCUUUGUCAGAACAUCAUCUUGGACAAUACUUUUCAGAUAAAUCAAGUCAAUUUUCACAGCAAUAUCAGGAGAAGGACACUCAGGUGAGCUACAGGUACGAGGGCGAAGAGUCACUGGCAGGUUCAGUGGGUUGCUGCAGCCUCCUUGAACUUCAAGAUCAAGAUUUUGCCUUCCUUGAAGACCUGGGUCCAAAAUUCAAAACCCUGUUUGAAAUCUGCCAGGGAACAGACCUGGAGACCACUUCGGUGGUUGCUGGAGCUUUUGAUGUCUCCAAGCAAUCGGUAUCCAAAGUCAGGCCCUCCACUUCGGCCCAAACGCAUGUCCAUACUCACAUGGAAACAAUUAAAGAACGAGAGCACGUGAAUGUCAACAACGUCAACAUUUCCAACAAAGCAUCUGGGUCUUCUACUGUCAUUCAAGAGGGGCGAAUUACUGAGAACUCCCAGCGUUCAGCAACCCUUCCCAGAGCCCAGGAGACAACUGUCAUCCCUAACCAAACGCUGCUCAUACAGCAGCCUACCAUGUACUAUGCAGCUACCCCCAUGUAUGUAGUUGAGUCCAAGCCCCAAAUGGUGCUAGUGUCAGGGGGAACUCAGCAGAUGGUUGGUCAGGAAAGUCAAGCUGGGCUCAGUCAAGGGUUGAUACAAGUUGGAGGCCUCCAAGGUUCUCAGGGUAUGAUGCUGGUUGAAGGGCAGGUGGAAAUGAAAGGAGCGCAUGGGCAGGUAGCACAGGGCCUCCCACAGGGAGCCAUCUCUGAAUCCACUAAAGUGUUCGUAGCUGAGAAUGGGUCCGCAAGUGAGAAGCAGAGUAUGCACACCCGGCCGAGCUCCGCUCAAAUACCGCAGAGGUCUUCGCAGGCAGGCUUUGAAGUGAGCAGCAAAAGUGUUCAUGGGAAAUCGUUUUCUGCCAGCUCACGUGGUUCUGCUGGCUCAAAGGAGGACUUUGAAAUGACAACCACACCCAGGUCGCAAGGAGCCCAGAGGGUUGUUAUGCACCAUAAAAAAGUCACAAUUACUGAGAGAAAUAUCAAGUCGAGCAGGUAAAUUAGUCCCUUGUUUUUCUCAUCCUCUGGGGUCACACAUGUAAUGGCGUGUGUAUACAGUAUAUUCUUGAGUAAAAAGCACUACAACAGAGAGAGAUUUGUUAUUAUUAUUUUUUAUUUAAACUUUUAAUUGGAAAGGCAGGUUACAAUUACUUACAACAAACCAGCUUCCAUAACGAGGGAAGUAUGAGCAGGAAUAACAAGCCAAUCCAGGAAUUUUGUUAUACUAAAUGAACAACCAUAACAGAAAAGUGAGUGGGGUGGGGGGGUCCAGUCUGAUUUUUCUUCUGUUGGGGGAAAAGCACAGUCAGGAACAUAAUUUUGUCAUCAUCCUGAACCGGAGUGAAAUACACAGCACCACAAUAUUUAUAUGUGAUAGACAUAUUAAGUCCAUGGGGACUACUGAUUUUACAGUUUGUCCAUUUGGACCAAAUCUUGAAGAAUGAUUCCCUGCGACCUUGAACAGAAAAGGAGAACUUCUCCAGAAUAUAAAUGUCUUGCACAAUAUUGACCCAGUCCUCAACUGUAGGAGCUUCAGGCUUUAACCAUCUUCUAGUGAUUGUCUUUUUGCUCGCUGCCAGAAGCAUUAACAGCAGUUUUUUAUCUUCCCGAGUCCAGUUGUCAAACGAGAUGUUACCUAAGUUUAAGGAUUCACAUUUACAUGGGAUUUUUUCAGUAAACAUGUUAUUAAGGUGGGAACACAUUUGCUCCCAAAAACCUUUAAUCACCGGACAGCUCCAGAAGACGUGAUGGUGAUUUGCUCCAUUUGUUCCACAGAGUCUCCAGCAUGUGUCUCCGCUUCCCCGAUGUUUUUUCUAACCUGGAGUUACAAAAAAUCGAACCGUGUUUUUCCAACAGAACUGUCUCCAAGUGUUGGAGCUCGAGGUCAUCCAGUGUAAUUUGUUAAUCUGUUCCCAGGCUUCAGUUGAGAGAGAUAAAUUUCCUUCUUUUACCCACUUGUUUCUAAUGUAAUCUGUGUCACCUUGUUUAGAGGAUAGAAUACCAUUGUACAGUAUGGAGACAAGUUUUUUCCAUGAACCUGACUUCAACAAAGACAAGAUCUCAUCAAAAAGUCCUGAUUUGGUUGUUUCCCAAUUGUCGUGUAUAUUUUGGUUGAAAUAGGCCCUCACCUGUAAGUAUCUGAAGAAGUCAACCCUCUCCAACCGCUUUGAUCUCUGAAGUUCCUCAAAACUCUGAAACAUCCCUUCAGGGUAAAUGAAUAUUAAUGAAUAUUAAGUGGUUAAUCCUUUAAAUCUCCCAUCGUUCUUGUUUGGGCUAAAGGCUGAAUCAAAGCCACACCAUCUGAGUAUUUUUAUCUGGUUAGCCAAUUUACAAAUUUUAAUUACCUUUCUCCAAGAACCCAGCAUUGUGUGUAUCAUUGAGUCAUGUGGUAUACUCAGCCCCUCUUGUAAAUCCUUAUCCAUUAACACUGAUAAUAAAAGUAUUCCCUCCAAAUCUUUCCACCCCGCAUUGUAAGAUGGAGAGCAUAAACAGAAUACUGGUCUUAACUGGGCAGCAAGGUAGUAAACCUGUAGAUUGGGAAGAGCCAGUCCACCUUUCUCUUUCUUUAACUGCAGCGUUCUAUAUCUGACCCUUGCCUUUUUUUCCCUGCCAAAUGUAUUGCGAUAUUAAUCUGUCCCAUUCUACGAAGCGCCUUUCUGAUAUCAGGAUAGGAAAAUAUUGAAAUAGAUAUAGAAAGCGCGGGAGAAUGUUCAUUCUAACCGACUCCACUCUGGAGUAUAAAUUUGAAAAAGGGAUCAGAUUCCAUCUCUGUAUGUCAGAUUUCAGGUUUGAAAUUAGGGGCCCAUAGUUGACAUCAAAAAUCCUGGAAAAAUCUUUGAUCUUUUAGUUGAAAGUUUUUAUAUAUUAAAAACGGUAUGUGUCAAAUUGCUAAGAAUGGAGGUUUGACUUUGUUUUUUUUUCAAGGUGUUGCGCUGUUAAGGCUUUUUAAUAAAUUCUGAUUUUGUAACCAAGUAAUAAGCAUCUCUUAGAAUAUUCAAGGAUUGCAUUUAAAACCAGUGAAAAUAUUUGUCGAGGAGUUUUUUUUACUGCUGUGGUUGCUUUCAUUUUCAUCUUGUUUGUCACUUUCUGUUGGAUAGUAGCACUGUACCUAAAUCUGCUUGAAAAUGAAGAUGGGUUUCUGUUUUAUUUGCACCUGUUAUUGUUAUAAAAUCAAACACUAAAACCUAAUGAUCUUUUUUUUUACCCAUAACAAAACUGUUAUGAAACAUGUUUGUGAUACAAUAUCAAAGACUGUCGUAUAUAUGGUAUAUUUAAAUCAAGGACUAUUUUAAGCCAAAACUUGGGAAUUAACUUGGGAAUUGUACAUAACUGAUUUGGAUCCCAUUCAACAGAACGUUGUACUUAAUAAAAUAUU